AUGAAUCAAACUCUUCCUGCAAAAAAUCUUCGGAGGAUAUCUCCUCAUGUUGUACGAUCGCUCGUUAAUGUAGUCAUUUCUAUUUUUACUUUACCGUGGUCAUCUGAAGCUAAUACACGGAUCUCGUUAUUUACAUCUCCUGCGUCAUCUAUUGGCCGACGCACUCCUUCACCGACUAGAAGCAUUAACAAUAAUCGACAAAAUGACAAUGAAAUUGAUAUUUCCCUUGAAAUGGAUCAAAAUUCAGAAAAUAUAUCACGUGAUAGAAAAUUUACAGCAGACGGAAUGUUAGCACCAGAGAUGUCAAAACAACCAGAAAAUCAUAUCUUAACAUCUGCGAAAAUAUAUGUUGAGGCUUUAUGGAAUGAAGGAUGGAAAAACGAAAUUAUUGAACUUGUGAAAGAAUUU